AUGAACAUUCGUCUCGCAAGGGUCGAGGAUCUUAUGGGAAUGCAGUCGACGAACUUGCAGAAUCUCCCGGAGAACUACAUGAUGAAGUUUUGGAUAUACCAUGCUAUGACAUGGCCGCAAAUAUCUUUCGUUGCAGAAGAUCAUAAGGGUCGAACUGUUGGAUACGUCCUUGCUAAGAUGUUUGACCAGGAGGAAGGAGAACCGAUUCAUGGGCAUGUCAACUCGAUAUCGGUACUACGAUCAUAUAGACGGCUGGGGCUCGCAAAGAAGCUAAUGCUUCUAUCCCAAGAAGCAAUGGCUAACAUUUACAAAGCCUCAUUUUGUUCGCUACAUGUACGAAAAUCUAACAAAGCUGCAAUAGCUUUGUAUCGCGACACGUUAGGAUUUGAAGUUGCCAAGGUUGAGGAUAAAUAUUAUGGAGACGGCGAAGAUGCUCUUUCAAUGCGUCUCUCGCUCAAAGAUUCAUAG